CUGUCAGCAGGAGCGAUGAUGAGGAGGAAGAAGAGGAGGAGGAAGGGGGUUGGACUUUCUUUCGGCAACUUUUUUUUUCAGCCGCGACAACUCUCUUUUCUUCCUCCCUCUCUCUCUCUCUCUCUCUCUCUCUCCCCCUCUCUCUCUCUCUCUCUCUCUCACACGGAUGUACAGACGCUAGCUCAGACGCUAGCCGGGCGUUAGCAGGACUUUAGUCGGAUAUACCUCAACAAGUGUCGGACAAAGACUGCGGCCCCUUGUCUUCCGAGGUAGGGAUGUGAUGCGACAACCGCUGGAAGUUGGCUCGCCGUAGUCUCCUUUUGUUAUUCGUCCGAGUUUUUUUGUUACGUUUUCGGCAACAGCGAGAGGAGGCGCGCAGAUGGACUCGUCACCCAUAGGGACGUCAUAAAGACAGAAAGAGAGACAGGAUUUCAUCCGGCGGCAGAUUCCUGUGUGCUUCGCCCAUGGACCUCAGGGUGGGAGAGCGGGGGAUGCGCCCCGGCUCCGACACGGCGCUCCUCAGUCCGCUGCACCCGCCGCUGCUUCUCAGCCCCUUCUCCCCGCCGGCCCGCACCUCCUUCUCCCAGCAGCAGCUGCAGCAGCACAUCCGGUUCAACAUGGAGCAGAGGCGGCGUGAACAGGAACACCGGGAGAAGCAUCAAGAACUGCAGCAGCUGAAAAACAAGGACAAGAGCCAACAAAGUGCGGUGGCCAGCUCACUGGUCAAGCAGAAGCUGCAGCAGGUCAUCUUGAAGAAGCAGAAGCAGGCACUGGAAAGGACCAGCUCUAACCCUUUGGCUGUAACGCCCGUGGCAUACAGAAAACUGGGCCCAGACCCGAAUGUUCCGUCCCAACCUCUGCUCUCCUCUCUGCCGCAGCCUUCCUCGGAGGGUUCAGAAGGAACGCCACUCCGCAGGGCAGCAUCCGAGCCCAAUCUGAAAGUCAAGCACAAGCUGAAGAAGCAUCUCAACACCCGAAAGAGCCCGCUCACCCGCAAAGAGAGCGCCCCGCCCGCCGUCCGACACAGAGUACCUGAUACACUGGACUCCUCCCCCAGCAGCAGCAGCACCCCGGCCUCAGGCUGCAGCUCGCCCAAUGACACUUUCCCCAACGAGAACGGGCUGCUGCCAUCUGCAGGCGGACUCUCGCAUGAGGCACAGAAGCUGCUGCUCAGAGACGGCACGCUGGCAAACUUCACCAUCCAGAGUCCUUCCACUCUGCCCACCAUCACUCUGGGACUACCAGCCAAUGCCAGGGUUGAAGGAGAGCUGUCCUCUCUGAAAGUGGGUGGAGGGCCCCUGGUCGCAGCCGGGACCCCACAGGUGUUGUUGCCCCUGAGCAGAGAGGAUCAAGCCGGGCAGCUCAGCCCUCGCCUCCCUGUCAUCAUCCUGGAGCCCUCUGGACUGGUGCAUGCCCCGCUCCUCUCUGUGCCGGGCCUGGAGUCGGUGCCGCUGCAGUUGGCCUCGCACUUGGACCAGCUGUCCCCAGGGGGCGCUCAGGCCCACAAGCCCCUGAGCCGCACGCGCUCAGAGCCCCUGCCACAGAACACCCGGGCCCUCCACACGCAGCUGCUCCAGCAGCACCACAACACGCAGCUGCUGGAGAGAUUCAAGCAGCAGACUCACCUUGGCAAGCUUAUGUCCAAAUCCAGCGAGAAGCCCAGACUCCACCAGAUCCCCUCCGAGGACAUGGACUCCGAGGACGGCGGGGGGACGUCGCCGUCAGAGCCGGGCUAUCCAGGCAGAGUGAGGGCCGAUUCCAUCAGGGAGGCGGAGCCAGCAUCUUCAACAGGAUCCAGCAACCAAGAGCAGCUCCACUUACAACACGCACUCAUACUCAACCAGUCUCUGCUGUGGGAGCAGCAGAAGCAGCUGCAACAGCUGCACCGACAAAUGGAGACCCUGGCCGUCCCGAUGCUACGUAGCGGCGUGGGCGGCGCUCUGGGUGUGCACCGCCCCCUGUCGCGUACGCAGUCCUCGCCGGCCUCCACGUCUCUCACCCUGCCCGAAAAACCUCUGAGCCUGACCGGGCAGGAAGCCAGCAGCAAACCACGCUUCACCACCGGCUUGGUGUACGACUCCCAGAUGCUGAAGCACCAGUGCACAUGUGGAGACAACAGCAGUCACCCCGAGCAUGCUGGGAGAAUCCAGAGCAUCUGGUCUCGACUACAAGAGCGAGGCCUGAGGGUCCAGUGUGAGAGCAUCCGCGGUCGUAAGGCCACCCUGGAAGAGCUGCAGUCCGUCCACAGUGAGCGCCACGUUCUGCUGUACGGCACCAACCCGCUCAACCGCCUCAAACUGGAUAACCGCAAACUGGCAGGAAUCCUCUCCCAAAGGAUGUUUGUUAUGCUGCCAUGCGGAGGCGUGGGGGUGGACAACGACACCAUCUGGAACGAGUCGCACACGUCCACGGCGUCACGCAUGGCCGCCGGCAGUGUUGUCGAGCUGGCGGUCAGAGUGGCCAAGGGUGAGCUCAAGAACGGCUUCGCUGUGGUCAGACCACCAGGGCACCAUGCUGACCCUUCCAACCCAAUGGGCUUCUGCUACUUUAACUCUGUGGCCAUCGCUGCCAAACAGCUCCAACAGAAGCUCAGCGUCAGCAAAAUCCUCAUUGUGGAUUGGGAUGUUCACCAUGGUAACGGGACCCAGGAGGUUUUCUACAACGACCCCAGCGUCCUCUACCUCUCGCUUCACCGCUACGACCACGGCAACUUCUUUCCUGGCAGCGGCUCGCCGGCUGAGGUGGGGUCCGGCAGCGGGGAGGGCUUCAACGUGAACGUGGCGUGGACAGGAGGACUGGAGCCUCCCAUGGGGGACGCGGAGUACCUUGCAGCGUUCAGGACUGUGGUGAUGCCCAUCGCCCAGGAGUUUUCCCCGGACGUGGUCCUGGUCUCAGCAGGUUUUGACGCUGCCGAGGGCAACCCAGCACCUCUUGGAGGCUACAAGGUGUCUGCCAAAUGUUUCAGCUUUCUGACCCGCCAGUUGAUGUCCCUGGCGGGGGGGCGCCUGGUUUUGUCGCUGGAGGGCGGCCACGACCUCACCGCCAUCUGCGACGCGUCCGAGGCUUGCGUCAGCGCGCUGCUCGGUGCACAGGACUCACCGCCAGAGGAGGUGCUGCUGCAGAAACCCAAUGCUAACGCCGUCCGCUCCCUGCAGACGGUCAUACAAAUACAAAGUCAAUACUGGCCGAGUGUGAAGGCGUCCAGCAGCUCAGUGGGCGUGUCCUACCUGCUCGCCCAGACUGGAGACUGCGAGGAAGCAGAUGCUGUAAACGCUCUGGCCUCGCUCUCAGUGGGAGUUCUCUCCACCAAGAGCCUUCCAGAUGAGCCAAUGGAGCACGACAGUGACUCCAUGUGACCCCCUGUCACCUCGCUGAGCUCACCUUCAGGAAAGGAGGCAGGGUGCCCACCCAACACCCCCCCCCCCUCCACCCUUGGGGCCCCUGGCCCUCCAGCACUGCUCACAAAGCUUCCAUCCGCCCGCCGGCCUUACUCCGUACUAUGAUGAUGUCAUCCAAGCGCCUCCAUGCUGGCAAGCAUUCAGCCCUAACCUCGGCAAACCUCACCAAAGAGCAAUAGGAGAUGUUUUUUAGUGGUGUUGACUGACAAGGAGUUGUGCCUUUUGUACAGCACAACAAUGUUUCUUGUUCCUCCUCCAAGCACCACCUUGCAGGUGCUGGACCUCGUUGCCUCGACUUUGCCUUAACCUGAGGAACAACCACUUUGGACGCCUUCCUUCUCUGCCACUUUGCCUCACUAUUUUUGAAGCCACCCUGACAGGUGAAAGCACACACACACACACACACACACACACACAUUUGAGAAAAGCGGCAAUGGAGAAACCACACAUCAUUCACUGUCCUCCAUGUGUUUGAAGCGCCAUGAGACAAUGACAACUGUGGUUUGGUAGAAAUGCUCCAUGCCUGAUUGCACUCUUCGUGCCUUACUGUGAAGUGUAAGAGAUUCCAAAGCUCCUCCUCUCUUUUAAAGCGUUGCCAUGGCGACGACGUCUUACGAACCCCGCAUUGUUACAUACCGUGGAAUUGAGCUUACCACGACUUAAUGGGUUGCUAACGUACCACUUGUAUUGUCGUUGUUGUUUGUUUUUUUAAAUAGAUGUUCAUUCCAUGGCGGACCAUUGUGAUACGUAGCAAUAAUGUUUAUCAUCGCACUUCAACACAUCGCACAAGCAAGAGCCUGCGUGUUGCCGGUUAAAGUCUGGAAGGGCAACAAUAACAGGGACCAUGUCCUCCUGAGGGACCCUAUUUCACCCACUCAAUUUGAGAAUAAAACUCCGUAUUUCCUUGAAUUGCCUAGAAUUUCCACAGGGUCAAACUCGUCACGUCACGAGUGACACUUCACCUGUCGUCAGUUUCAAAACGGAGGAGGCUGAUUUCAAUCAUUUGGAAUCGCAUAAAGGGAAGAAGAUUUCGAGCUAUUCAGUAGGAUUUAAGGUCCAAGCUAUUGAAUAUGCUAAAAAGAACCUUUUAUUAAUAUACCAUAGCUGCGUGUGUCAAAUAUGAGUCAUUAGAUGACUCCUGGUGGUAGGGGGCGCUAGUGAUCCUUCUUGCGACUACUCGGCUGCAGAAGAAGUGACAACAAGCAGCAAUCGCUUAUUUUUUCCUCUCGCUUGCACUUUUAACAUGGAGGAUUACAUAUCUAAAAUAAAACCGUUUUCUAAACUGGACUUUCAAUCGAAGCAGGAGGUAAUAAAGGAAGAUCUCCAUCGAGACAGAGAGACUUUUAAAACUGAAGAAAGAUAAGGAAGACUUCUAUAAACAAGUUAUCGAUGCUUUUGAUCAGAAGGAGCGCAGGCUUAAAUUUACCGCAUGUAAGCGCCGGAGUGAGAAGAGGUUUUAAAUUAAUUAGCUCCCCGGUGGCAAUUCAAGGAAAUACGGUAUUUUUUCCAUGUCUUAGUCUUAAAUACAAUGUGAAUUGAGGUAUUUGUUGUCAGUGGUAUUCCCUCGUUUGCUGAAUUUACAAAAAUGUAACAAUACAAAAAUAAUGCCGGUGUUAGUUAACACUAACAAAGACACUUGUGAACAUGUUAGCAUACCAGCUAAUGCCAUCGACACAUAUGAGUGUAAACAUUUUUACACACCUGGGACGGUUUAGUACGGGAGGCUUGUUGUAGUUAUAUUGUAAAACUCACAAACGUCGCCCGUCGCGAUGAAUGGGAAAGAAAAAAAACGAAUGGCACUUGUACUUCCGGUUGAAAGCUCAGUCUAAACAGAAGGGCAAUAACUGGCCCAAAAGGUUGCGCCAUAGCCGUCCAAUCCACUUUAUUUGUGUAGCACAUUUAAACAACAGAAAUGUUGCACAACAAUAUUAAAAACAAUAUUCAAAUAGUAUCCUUAGACUGCAUAAAAUAAAAUGAAAAAUAAAUAUGAUUAAAAACGAUUUUAAAAGGGUAAAAGCAAUUAAAACAAUAAAUAGAAAUCCACAUUUAAAAACACAGAGGAGCACACAACUGUGUUAAAAGCCAGAGAAUACAAGUGGGUCUUAAGACAAGACUUAAAAGAGUCCACUGUGGGAGCAGUUCUAACAUGGAGGGGCAGUGUGUUCCAGAACUUAGCUCCCCUGGUUUUAAGUCUGGUCUCGGGCACCACAAGCUGGAUCUGGAUCUCGGACCUCAUACCGCGUGCAGGUGUGGUCCAAGAUAUAAUGAGGUGCCAGUCCAUGGAAAACUUUAAAAGCAAACAGAAAUAUUUUAAAAUCCAUUCUAAAAUGAACAGGGCGUGCUCGUGUUUCCUGGCCCCUGUUAAAAGUCCUGCUGGACUAACUGCAACCGAGAGAGAGUUGUUUGGCAGUAUGACAAACAAUAACACAACUAUUCAGUGUCUUUGCCAGUUAUUUUUUUUCAUUAUUAGCAUCAUGACCGUCAGCCAAGGAAAAAAAUCCAUAAAUUAGCAAUACUUGUUUUAGAAGCCGCAGGGUUAAAGCGUAGGAAAAGGCUUAUAGUCCGGAAUUUACGGUACUCGGGAUGGGAAUUUAACAAAAGUAUCCCAAAAAAUCUUGUUGGAGAUGCGCUCUCUCCGUGUGCUGAACUCCUGUUUCCAUGCGAGCGUUGUGUUAGGGGAGAAAAAACCAGAGAGCGCCUCUGCAGGUUGCAGCCCGGUACUGCACACAAUCCUUCUUUUGACGCCCAGCUCUGUGGAUUUUCUGCUGAUUCGGGUCUUAACUAAACAAACUAACUUCUUGUCUUUGAAAGAGUUUUAUCCACAAGUACUUAAAAUCUGCACUCACACACUUUUAGUCGGAUUUUGCACAAAAAAUAUUAGCAUUUUAGGCUUUAUUUGUCUUUUUAAUGCAUGUUGAUAACAAUCGGCAGCGUAAAAUACAGCUAAAAUAUGAAUGAUGACACAUGCCCGCUGCAUACCAUGCACCAUCCUUACCAAAACUAUGUCAGUUUUUUGGGGGCGGGGAACUGACUCUUGUUAAAAAUAGCCUGAGGCAUCAUUUAAGAGCAAACAUUCAGCAGAUAUGGAAAGAAAUCACAACUUUGUUAACUUUUUUUAUGAUGGCACAGCAGCAUAUCAUGCUUUGUCAUUAUAGAACUACCACCAGCAAUCUAGUCCAACAAAUAUUCUGUUGGGGUAAAUAUAUUUAAGAAAAUUAAAUUAAAUAAAAUUAUGUAAAAUAUAAAUUCACCCAGCUUCAUCAAUGACAGCAGCAUGUCAUGCUCUAUUGUUACUAUUCCAGAUGUUUCUGUCCUAAAAAAUGUUUAGGGCUAUAAAAAAAAAGUAUCUUAAAAUUACAGCGAAAAACUGUAAAAUCAAAUAAUGAAAAAUAUAAAUUCACCCAGCUUCAUCAAUGACAGCAGCAUGUCAUGCUCUAUUGUUACUAUUCCAGGUGUUUCUGUCCUAAAAAAAAUGUAGGACUAUAAAAAAAAGUAUCUUAAAAUAACAGCGAAAAACUGUAAAAUCAAAUAAAGAAAAAUAUAAAUUCACCCAGCUUUAUCAAUGACAGCAGCAUGUCAUGCUUUAUCGUUACUAUUCAAGAACUUUCUGUCCUAAAAGAAAUCAAGACUACAAAAAAUGUUUCAAAAUUACAGAGAAAAACUGUAGUAAAAAUAUAUGAAAUUAAAUAUUGAAAAAUAUAAAUUCACCCAGCUUCAUCAAUGACAGCAGCAUGUCAUGCUCUAUCGUUACUAUUCAAGAAUUUUCCGUCAUAAAAAAUGUUUUGACUAUAUAAAAAUUAUCUUAAAAUUAUGAACUGUAAAAUCAAAGUAUAAAAAAUAUUCUAUAAAGGUAAAAAUAUAUUUUAAAAAUAAUGAAAUAAAAUACAAUUAUGUCAAAUAUAAAUUCAUCCAGCUUUAUCAAUGACAGCAGCAUGUCAUGCUUUAUUGUUACUAUUCAAGAACGUUCUGUCCUAAAAUAAAUUAAGACUACAAAAAUUAUUUUGAAAUUACAGAAAAAAAACUGUAAAAUCAAAGUCUAAAAAAAAUUAUAUUUAGGUAAAAAUACAUGAAAUUAAAUAUUGAAAAAUAUAAAUUUACCCAGCUUCAUCAAUGACUGCAGCAUGUCAUGCUCUAUCGUUACUAUUCAAGAAUUUUCCGUCAUAAAUUUUUUUUGACUAUAUAAAAAUUAGCUUAAAAUUAAGAACUGUAAAAUCAAUGUAUAAAAAAUAUUCUAUAGAGGUAAAAAUAUAUUUUAAAAAUAAUGAAAUAUAAUACAAUUGUGUCAAAUAUAAAUUCACCCAGCUUUAUCAAUGACAGCAGCAUGUCAUGCUUUAUUGUUACUAUUCAAGAACUUUCUGUCAUAAAAAAUUUUUGGGCUAUAUAAAAAUUAUCUUAAAAUUAUGAACUGUAAAAUCAGAGUAUAAAAAUUAUUUUAUAGAGGUAAAAAUAUAUUUUAAAAAUAAUGAAAUAAGAUACAAUUAUGUCAAAUAUAAAUUCACCCAGCUUUAUCAAUGACAGCAGCAUGUCAUGCUUUAUCGUUACUAUUCAAGAACUUUCUGUCAUAAAAAAUGUUUUGGCUAUAUAAAAAUUAUCUUAAAAUUAUGAACUGUAAAAUCAAAGUAUAAAAAUUAUUUUAUAGAGGUAAAAAUAUAUUUAAAAAAUAAUUAAAUAAGAUACAAUUAUGUCAAAUAUAAAUUCACCCAGCUUUAUCAAUGACAGCAGCAUGUCAUGCUUUAUUGUUACUAUUCAAGAACUUUCUGUCCUAAAAGAAAUCAAGACUAUAAAAAUUAUUUUAAAAUUACAGACAAAAACUGUAAAAUCAAAGUCUAAAAAAAAUUCAAUGAAAUUAAAUAAUGAAAAAUAUAAAUUCACCCAGCUUCAUCAAUGACAGCAGCAUGUCAUGCUCUAUCGUUACUAUUCCAGAACUUUCUGUCUUAAAAAAUUUUUGGACUAUAUAAAAAUUAUCUUCAAAUUAAGAACUGUAAAAUCAAAGAAUAAAAACAUUCUAUAGAGGUAAAAAUAUAUUUAAAAAAUAAUUAAAUACUGAAAAAUAUAAAUUUACCCAGCUUUAUCAAUGACAGCAGCAUGUCAUGCUCUAUCGUUACUAUUCAAGAAUUUUCUAUCAUAAAACAAAUUUGACUAUAUAAAAAAUAUCUUAAAAUUAAGAACUGUAAUAUCAAAUAAUUAAAACAUAUUCCAUAGAGUUAAAAGUAUAUUUAAAAAAUAAUUAAAUACUGAAAAAUAUAAAAUCGCCCAUUUCCAAAUUAUCAUUCAAAUAUAAAUAAGGAGCUCAUCUUUUUGUGCAAUUUCCUACUAAAUUCCGUCUUGUUUGGCUUUUGUCGUCAUUUCACACCAACACACUUGACCCAAAACUUCCUCUUGACCAAGUGGUCAACGACCCCUGACCCUUGACCUUUAGUCAACCAACACAACUGUCCUUUUUCAGAGUUGAGUAGGGACGUGUGUCACCUCAGGGGCCUCACUUCUUCCCCCAGACUCACAACAGUUGCAAACGUGUGAACUGUCACAUGUCUCACUUCUUCACCAACACAAGGAAGCGGCUUUUUAUUUACUUUUUUUAUAGCAAGACCGCAUUUAAACCUGUGUGUGCAUGUAUGUGUGUGUGUGUGUGUGUGUGUGUGUGUGUGUGUGUGUGCGUGUGAUUGACUCGUAACUGUUGCCUCUUCUUGGACGUUGUCAUGAGUGUGUUAGGACACACUUUGUGUACAUAAAUAAAUAAAUAAAUAAAUAGGGAAGUAGACGCUCCAAAGACCAAAAUACAGACUUUGUAUUGGCAUCUCUUGUCUUAAGCAACUUCUAACUGGACUUGCAGCCCCGCUGCACUGAUUUCAUGCUAAUGACCUUUUCCUGUCUUCUUUUGCAUCCUCUUUCCUACCAUUUGUAUAGAAAGAUGUUCUAUUUUGUACAUUUUCUGUUGUUGUUGUUGUUGUUUUUAUUGUUGUCUUUUCCUCCUGAUUAAAAAAAAACAAAACCUUUUGGAAACAUUA